UAAUUUAGAGAGAGAUAUAUGUAUUCAUAACAAAUAUAAAAUGUAUAACGUUGUAUAUACUUCCUUUUGAUAUGUAAUUACUGACGUUUUUUAAAUUAUUUAAUUAUAUAACAAAAUAUGUAAUUGGUACAUUUAUUUAUUUUCUUAAUUAAUAAAAAUUUAUCUGACAUCAUGAUGUAACUGAAAAGAAAUAUUGUGCAUAAGUGAUCCUAUUAUAUUUGAUAUUUAAGAAUUCACUUUGAUUUGGAAAUGUACAUACACGACAUGUAUAAGCACUUUUUAAGAGAUUUCAUACAUAGAAGUAGUAUGAAACAGAAUUAUUAGUUAUUACAUCAUCCACUAAAUACAAAUAUUAUAUAAUAUUUAAAAUGCCACAAGUGGAUGGUGCUACAAUACCAAUAACGAAUAAUCAGAACGGUGCAGCUGUACAUAACAAUCAUAACACAAGUAGUCCAACUCGACCAGUCUUAAAUAAUAACAAUAUGAAUACUGCUAGGAAUAAUAAUAAUCAAAACCCAUUAGUUAAUGUAAGGGAUAGAUUGUUUCAUGCAAUAUUUAUUAAAGCAGCAUUAACUUAUGCCAGAACAUUUCCACGACCUGUCAGAAGAUUUAUAGAAUUUAUAGUUUUAUUGAAGGCUAUAGCAGCAUUUUUUGUGUUGGCUUACAUUCACAUAGUAUUUUCACGAGCACCAACUAAUUGUUUAGAACAUAUAAGAGAUGAUUGGCCUCGUGAUGGUAUAUUAAGAGUUGAGAUACUUAGAAAUGGAGGAGAAGAUUAUAGUAUAGAAAAGAGUUACGCAAAAGAGGAGAAAUUGCGACAAGAAAAAGUUGAUGACUUAACUAGUGCUUUAGGAAUAUUAACUAGAGAUGGAUUUAUCAAUAUUGAACCAUCUGCUGUUGAUGAAGAACGUGAUAUAAAUAAUGCAUCAAAUGAAGGAAAUCACGACAGUUUAACAUUGUCUGAAAAAGAAAUAAUUAUUAGAAGUGCCGCUGUGCCUGGAAAGACGCAAGAUCCAAAUUUAAGUAUUACUAACACUACAACAAGUCCUUCAUUAUCUACUAAACUGGAAUGGAAUGAAAUGAACAGAGAUACUAAAGAAGUUUUAGAUGAGAAGAUACUAUUAACAAAUACAGAAAAUAAUACUAUAGGGCAGGAUACAAAUAAAUCUAAUAAAGAAGAUGUUAUUCAAUCUUUAAAAGAUCCAAAUUCUGAAGUUAGAGCAGGAGAUGGUUAUAUCGUAGAAUAUUCAUUAGAAUAUGGCUUCUUGAGACUCUCACCUGUAGCACGGCAAAGAUUAAACAUUCCUGUAAAAAUCGUUACUUUGGAUCCUGUUAAUGACAAAUGCUUUGGUGAUGAUUUCUCAAGAUUAAUACUUGAUGAACUCUUAGGAUACGACGACUUACUGAUGGCGAGUAUUAAGACAUUGGCAGAGCAUGAAGAUAAUCAAGGUUUUCUACGAAACGUGGUGACCGGAGAACAUUAUCGAUUUGUAAACAUGUGGAUGGCUAGAACUACGUAUCUUGCUGCAUUUUUUAUCAUGUUAGUUUUUACUAUCUGCAUUUCGAUGUUACUGCGGUACUCGCAUCAUCAGAUCUUUGUCUUCAUUGUGGAUCUGCUUCAAAUGUUGGAGUUCAACUUAACGCUAACGUUUCCUGCUGCAUCUCUGCUCACGGUGCUUCUGGCUCUUGUUGGAAUGGAAGCGAUCAUGUCAGAAUUCUUUAACGAUACCACGACUGCGUUUUACAUCAUAUUGAUCGUUUGGAUCGCUGAUCAGUACGAUGCUAUUUGCUGUCAUACACCGGUUACAAAAAGACACUGGUUACGAUUCUUUUAUCUCUAUCACUUCUCCUUCUACGCAUAUCAUUACCGAUUUAAUGGGCAGUACAGCAGCUUGGCCCUUGUUACAUCCUGGCUUUUCAUACAGCACUCGAUGCUAUACUUCUUCCAUCACUACGAGCUGCCCGUGAUCCUACAGCAGGCUCAAUUACAGCACCUCCUGUUCCGCAAUCAUGCACAGCCUGGCAUGGCUGACCCUUCACCGGAACAGCCUUCGCCUAGUCUAAAUCGGGCACUGACUAGCACAGAACCAAUACCUGAACCUUCACCAGCACGAGAGUCAGCAGGUGUGAUAGAACCUGAACCGACACAAGAAACAUCAUCGACCAGUCCACCGCCAGCUGAGUCGAAUUCGACCGCUUCCGUUGUUCAUUUAGAGGAACGAGUCGAAGUCACAAUAGCAACCUCUUCGUCCACCGAAGAACAAAAUAACAAAGCGGCAGAGAAUCUCACGGAGUCAACAGCUUCGAACACUAGCGCGGAGGCGAGCACGCAACCGAAAAUAGAGGAGGUGGGAGUAUCUAGGAACGCUGCUUCCUCCUCGAAGAUCGGAGACAAUGGAUCAUCCACCGAUACCUCUACAUCGGAAGGGUUCGAGGUGAUCGAGGCUACAGAGACGACGCGUAAGGAAACGACAUCCUGUCAGGACAAGUAGAGAAACGUUAAAACGCCUCGAGCCAUGCCAGUUGCAUAGUCAGGAUAGUCCAGGAGAAGAGGUUGUCAUUUCAGCGCGGCAGCAUCUGCGAAUAGAUCGUCUUGGAACCGAAGACCUCGAGGUUUGCUGACAAUUGAAAUCAAGGAGGAGAGAUCGUAUCGUUCAACAUGGACCAUACAUGGCCGGAAUAAUACGUCUAUUUUCGAACAGUUCGAUAUCCAAGUAUCUUGAAAAAAGGCUCAUCCUUCAGUCAGAGAUAGAGAGAAAUAGAUAUAUAGAUAGAAAGAUAGAUAGAUAGAUGGAGAGAGAGAGAGAGAGAGAGAGAGAGAGAGAGAGAGAGAGAGAGAAGGAAAGGGAGGUGUGAGAGCACAGGGAGAGUAGUUUGACGCCAGUUGGUGGUCAGGUGUUAGGUUUUAACGAGUAACUAGGGAUUGGAGGAUCAGGACAUGAAACGGGAUAAUUAGUGACUGAAUCUCGUCGUGCUAUAGGGCCAGAUUUUGUGAAAUAUAUUUAUAUUCUCUCUACUGGAAGGUUAACGUAUGCAGUACAUAUCGUGUCCCCGAGGUCAGAGAGAAAAGCGAAAAAAAGGAAGCGCAAGAAACGAGUUCGAGAUUUUAUUAUUAUAACAUGUGUGGAAUAUGAAGAGCACAGAGAAAAGGAAUAAUAGAUCAUGAAAAUAUAAAUGAAUAAAAUAGGAUUUUUUAUCAAGAUCUGAAGGAAAAACGAGUCUUUCCGUUGCCGCGAGUAUACGCGUAUACGCACCUUCUUGUAUCGUAGAUACUUGCGUCAUCGAGGAUUUGUGUAAUAUCAUUCGCAUUGAAAAUUUUAAAAGAUAGAGCGGAUAGAGUUUGUAGUAUUCGAUUGAUUGAAUUUGAAACAUACGAUUUUUAUUUAUUGUUCGUUUUCUCGGGCGACGACGAUUAUAUGUAUCUAACGACAUCGCGAGAAUAGCGAGACUACAGUUCCUGGGCGCAACAAGUUGGAGUGCCUUCGGUGAAUAUUCCUUCCUUUCCUUUGUUCGCUUGUUUCGCGAUACGUAAAAAGAGAUUUCUUCUUCCUGGACGGAUGUUGAUCGUAGUACGCUGAACAAUGGACAAACUUGUGGAAACAGGAUUCAAAUUUUUCGCCGUGUAUCUCGCGAGAUGAAUCGCUGAAAUUUUCGUUACGAUUUUACUUACGACUUUUCAACGAGUCAAAGAAUCAUUCCUGCAUGCACUUUCUUUCUGAGCUUCGCAGGUUUGUAUAUUAAACUCGAGGAACCAUCGAUGAUUUGGUUUUCGUUGAAAUUUCAUUCGAUCGAUCUGUGAUUUCUGGUAAUCUAUAAAAGAAAACGUUUCGAAUCUCUCUACGGAUAACGCCGUUGUACAGAGUGAAGUCAGAAGCAAUUCGUAUCUCGCAGCAAGUUCUCCAAUACCGUUAUCUUUAGGUUUUAGAUAAUUAAGGGGAUUGUAGUACGCUAGAUAUGUGUCGGUGUCGUGCGAAACAUUAACAUUCUUUUACGUACUGUAACGUUAUACACAAGUUUAUGAUUAAGGGAACACGAAACGAACAAAAAGGAGUGUAGAUUAAUAAGAACGUCAGUGAAAAUAUCUUCUACUUUGUCGAUGUAAAGUUUCCAUGUUGUCGCGUUGUUAUUUGAAAAAGCUUACAAUGGCUGAUCAGCGUGAAAGAAACCUUAUUGUACCAUACAUCCGACAUGAAACGUGGUUGUAGCGAUCGCAGGUACCUUUGUGUCACGUAUAUUAGAUAAUAAAUUUUUCUUUUAUUUUGUCUUCUUUCUACUUAAUUCGACAAGCGUUUCUGAUGUGAAUAAGCAUGAUUUUUUAGCGUGGGUACGAGGAUCGAACACCGAUUUUUCGAUCAAUUAAUUUUAACCGAUAGUGGUCAUAAUAUGUAAGGAUUAAUUGGUGACAGAACUUGUUAAGAGAUACUUAGUGCACAUAUAUACAUAUAUUUAUUCUUUACUAUGAACGUUCUUCUGUCGUAUAUAUGUAAAUUUAUGAUGGAAGAAAAAUGAUGUGUUCGUGGCGUUCGAGCACUGUACAUUUCCGUAUAAAGGACGACGAAAGAUGUUCUAAGGGGAUUGUAAAGUAAAAAGAAAAAAAAUCGGGAACACGAAUGUCGUUCAUCGUUUUAAGCGGUUUUGAAUUCGAUGCGUCUAUGUAAAAUAUUUUCCUAAACUUACGACAUAAGGAUUUGUUUUUUGUUUGGUUGUACAUAAUAGCUAUUGCGCUAUAAUUAUUACUAUUAUAAUUAUAAUACUGCUGCUCUUACUGAUAUAUUACAAAUAAACGUAAAGGUGUUGCAA